AUGGAAGUACCCAACGACCCAGCUGACAACGGAUACUUUCAGCCUAAUCCUUACACGGACAUCACAGAGAGGAUCCUUGAGAAUCUGAAGGCGGAAUUUGAUUCCACAGAGGGAUGGCAGCUGAUUGGAACUAAGAAUGGAGCUGUCAUGGAGAAGAAAACAGCAAUUGAUGGGUCGGCCAUUCCAGUGGUCCGUGGAAAGGGCACAAUUGAAGGCGUGAAGCCAUAUCAAUUCUAUUCGAUUGUCACUCAUACUGGUGCUCGCCAACACUGGGACCCUCGAUUCGAGGCUGGAUACGCCCUGAAGCGUUACUCCCGACGUGCCUACAAAUUCUACACCAUUCAGAAGGGUUCCUUCCUCGUCCAACCCCGAGACUUUGUUGGCGUCAGUGACACAAUUUUUGAGGAGGAUGGAAGUAUCUACGUUGCGCAGGGCUCCGUUCCUGACGAUGGAGAAACUGGGCCUGUGGAGGGACGCACGCGUGGGACACUCCACUUGGCUGGAUGGUCAAUCAAACCAAAAGGAGAUGGCUCUGAAAUCACGUACAUCGUUCACGUGAAUCCCAAUGGAAGCAUCCCAACUGCCAUAGUAGCAUCUGUGGUUCAGGACACUCCUCUGAGCGUCCCUAACGCCAUCGACUGGUGUCAGAAGGAGGGAAUAAUUCCACACAUCGAACAAUUGGACAUUAAGUCCACUGUACGUAUCGAGUCUUACAGUCACGAGGAUGCGAAAAAGUAUCGUCUUGCUCUUCUUGGCAAGGCUGGAGAUGAAUUCGACAUCCUCGUCGACGAGGAAAAGAAGUAUCCGGACGGCUACAACGUCGAGAAGAUUGGAGAGGGGAUCGAUUAUGUCCAAUUGACGACCUCCAAGGGCAAGGUACAUGCAAAGAUAGGAGAAGGUGCUGACGGGAGGAAAUUCGAGAUCAUUAUUACUACUAAGUGA